AUGGAUAUUUCUGGAACAACAACAGCCUUUGGCUACGGUGUUCACAAAACUAUAUCAUCAACAAGUUCAGAAAAUGGGCAUUUGCUAACUAGUACCACCUCUAACACUUCACCUGUCCAUAAUUCUCAUUUAGUUACAGUACAGCAGCAGCAGCAGCAGCAGCAGCAGCAACAACAACAACAGCAACAACAAGAACCGCCAAUCCAACUUGCAAAUAUGUUGAAUAAUUUUUCAUUUUCAAGUCAGCAAACAAACAGAGGUCAGUUUUUUUUGAUUAUUAAAAAUAUACCCUCUGAUAUAACAUAUAGAGAAGCAUAUUUUGUUUUUUCACUAGCACAAGGAGUUUUAGAUGUUGAAUUAAUAUUACAAGAAAACGGCGAAAAAGUUAUUAGGGCUUUAUUCAAUUCCUUAAAUUUAGUUAUUCAAUAUGCCAACUUGAUAGAAUCCAAAUCAACUCUAUUUGGCCAAUUUUUCCCUUUCAAGUCAUUUGCAGAAAUUGUUGAUUGUUUAACUCUUCAGCAAGUUGCGUUUAAACAACCGUCUUCCAGUAAUGGCCCAAGUUCUGUAAUAUCACCACCUGGUACUUCUGGUAAAAGGCCAAGUUUGCUACAACAACGUUCUAUUUUUUCAUUUUCCGAUCCAUUCGACGCAGGUAACAAUAGUAAUAAUAUUACUACUGGUAACAAUAACAGCAACAACACCACCACCACCACCACCAACAACAACACUACUGUUACUAAUGCUAUCAAUGGUAUUACUUCUAAUAAUUCUAACACUGGUUGUUCUAACAGCAUUCAAGCUACUAAUGUUAAUAAUAGUCAUAUUCAACAACAUCAUCAUUCAGCAAAUGAUAUUAUGAUUGGCAGCGGUACAACAGGCAGUAAUGGUGUUAAUAAUACUACUGCGGUUAGUACUCCAUUGAAAUCAUAUGAUCCAGGAAAAGCAUUUUUGUACAUGGAACAACAACAGGAAGACUUGCAUGCUUUAAAUAUUUGGAAUAGCUCAAACCACCAUCAUAGUCUUAAUAAUAAUAACAGCAGCAGCAAUACUAACAAUACUUCGUUGGUAGCUCAAACUACAACUUUGAGCAAUAAUUUUGUUGGACAACAACAACAACCCCAAACUCCUACGAUGGAAUGGAGUGGCUCCAGAAAUCCAAGUUUUUUUAAUCCGUCAUCAUCAUCAUCAUCAACAAUAAUUAAUACUAGCAUGAAUAAAGCGGCCAAUAAUGUAAUUGGUUCACAAAACAACAAUAUUAAUAAUAGCAAUACUAAUGGGUUCAUAGUAAACUCAAGUGUAUCUUCCAAUACAACACAUAGUAAUGAUAUUAAUAACAAUAAAAAUAAUAAUACAUCAGCUUCAUCGUCUGCGGGAGGUAAUAUACACUUGGGUUUGAAUAAAACUCGUUCUUUAUCUUCUUCCACUGGGAAUUUAAGUGACGUUGCAGAUGCUUUAAAUGAAGGCAAUAACGGUACUAACAAUACUAAUAGCAAUGGUAGCAAUAACAAUUUAUUAAGCAACGGCUUUCCACAUGUAACCAGAACACGUAGCGAUAACAAUUCAAGUACUGGCCAGUCAAACACACCACAAAAAACUUCUGUUUCAUCCACAUUUGCCACAAUAAGUGGUAUUACCGAGGAAGAUUUGAAUUUAUUAGCACGUGUUCCGCCACCAGCUAAUCCAGCAGACCAAAAUCCACCUUGUAAUACUUUGUAUGUAGGUAAUUUACCGCCUGAUGCUACUGAACAUGAGUUGCGUACGCUAUUUUCUACUCAGAAGGGAUUCCGCAGAUUGUCUUUCCGUAAUAAGAAUAAUAGUAGUGGAAACAAUCAUGGUCCUAUGUGUUUCGUCGAGUUUGAAGAUGUUAUUCAUGCUACUAGAGCUUUGGGUACUUUAUAUGGGAGUCAUUUACCAAGAUCAGGGAAUAGUAAUGGUAACAACAAUAACAAUAGUAACAAAGGUGGUAUCCGGUUAAGUUUUUCCAAAAAUCCAUUGGGAGUUCGUAGUAGCGGAAAUACUACUGGUUUAAGAAGGAGUGGUGGUUACAAUAGUCAUCAUGCAUCUACUACAACGUCAUCCGAAGGCCAUACCUAUUCUAAUUCCUACAAGUGA